AUGAUUAUUCAAAAAUUAGCGGCGUCACAGUGCGGAUUCCGUGCUUUGAUGUCUUUACAAUUAAAAAAACAAAUAAUGAAUUUUACAAGUUCUGCCGUUAGAUAUUCAGAACAACACGACGAUAAAGAAGUUAUUAUUGAAAGUUUAUCAGGUGGAAAGGGUUCAUUUACAUUAAACAGGCCAAAACAAUUAAAUACAUUAAAUUUAUGUAUGGUAUGUCAAAUAAGACCCACUCUUAUUAGUUGGAGCCAAGACAAAUAUUUAAUUUUAAUGAAAGGAGCCGGUGAAAAAGCAUUUUGUGCCGGUGGUGAUGUUGUUUCCGUCGUCAAAGAUAAAACUGGAGAAACUGGGAAAAAAUUUUUCAGAGAAGAAUACAAAAUGGAUGCUUUGAUCUCCUGUCUAAAGAUUCCUUAUGUUGCUAUAAUAAAUGGAAUAACAAUGGGAGGGGGAGUAGGUAUUUCAAUUUUUGGUAAAUAUCGAAUCGCUACAGAAACAUCACUUUUUGCUAUGCCUGAAACUCAAAUAGGAUUUUUCCCUGAUGUUGGAGUGUCCUACGUAUUAGCCCGUAUGCCUAAUCAAUUGGGUCCUUUUCUGGGACUCACGGGUUACAGGCUGAAGGGCUACGAUUUGAUUCACGCCGGAGUUGCAACGCAUUUUUGUUCGACGAAAAAUCUUUGCGAGCUUGAAAAAGCUCUCCUUUGUGACUUUUCCAGAGAUUGUUGCAGUUGCCCAGAAGAGAUCAUCAAAGAAUUUCAGGAAAAAUCACUCAAAGAUAUCGGCCAAAGCCCGCCAAAAUUUUCAUUGGAACCACAUUUAAAAACAAUCGAAACGUGGUUUUGCGAUGAUACUUUCGAAAGUGUUUACAGCAAAAUAUCCAAGGAUUCUUCUAAAUUUGGAACGGACACCAAAGAAUUAUUAUCAUCAAUGUCUCCCCUAUCAUUAAAAGUAACAUAUAAACAAAUAAAAGAUGCUGCAAAUUUAGAUAAGUUUGAUUGUUUCAAUGUCGAUUAUAGAAUAGCUUGCAGAAUGUUGGAAUGUGGAGAUUUUGCAGAAGGUGUGAGAGCUUUGCUUAUCGACAAAGAUAAAAAACCAAAAUGGAAGCAUUCUGACGUAUCGAAAGUAACCGAUGAAGAAGUUUCAAACUUUUUUAAUCCCUUGCCUGAAGAAGAAGAACUUCGUCUCCCCGAUACAAUUUAUGAUCCCUAA